GUUAAAAGUUUGAGUAAAAAUGUGUCUGACUUUACUUAUUGCGGCGUCCUUAGUUAGCACAGCUUUAAGUGAUGAUUUAAGUGAUAAAUUAAGCGUAAAAAAUGUGUAUCCGGACGAUGCCUAUAACCACAUGAAUUUCACGACAAAAUGUUUCGGAGAUUUGGGAUGUUUCUAUACCGGUCCACCUUGGUACCAUCCUCUGUACAGACCAGUAACUGUACCACCACAAGAACUGCACACAAAGUUUCUGUUGUAUACACGCUCCAAUCAAAAGAAGCCCUUUGAUCUGAAACCAACACCAGAAUCACUGUCGAAGUCUCCCUUCAAAGAUAAUUUACCAACAAAAGUACUCGUUCACGGAUAUUUAGGUCAUCCAAAAUCAGUUACAAAGAGCGAGUCGUUAAAAGUCACCGGAUUGGAAAAUCGUAGCCCGUUGCACUUUGAGAUUGCAACUAUUCUUUUUCCAUUCCUACAGGGUAUAAUGACAGAGCUCCUGAAGUAUUCCUCUUACAAUGUAAUCUUAGUCGACUAUUCACGUGAAGCAAGCGGUACUCUAGCUCAAUCUGUUGCCAACGCAAGAUUGGUCGGAGCUUAUACAGCUAAACUUCUUCAUUUCAUAAUGAAUCAAACUGGAUUGGAACCAGAAAACAUCCAUCUUAUUGGUCUCAGUCUUGGUGGUCAGCUGAUUAGUUACAUUGGAGAGAGAAUUAAUAAUCUGGGCAGAAUCACAGGCUUAGAUCCAGCAGGUCCAUACUUUGAUCAUGCACCCAAAGAAGUUCGUUUAGAUAGGAGUGAUGCUAUCUUUGUUGAUGUUAUACAGACGAAUGCAGGAAAAAAUCUUUAUGAGGGAUCUGGCACAGAUGAUAUGGUUGGGCAUGCCGUCUUCUCCCCCAACGGUGGUAAUCGUCAACCAGGCUGCAAAUACAAACCUACCAAACGUCCUCGCGGCUACUCUGGUCUUCAGUCCGGCCCUUUAUGCAGCCACAGGAGAUCUGUAGACUAUUUCAAGUCUUCCAUCAAUACUUGCAAGUACACUUCAUAUGCAUGCUUCUCCUACGAAGCAUUUAAGGAUGGUCACUGCAAGAACACCCCAUACAAGAACAGGAUAGGAUUCCACGCUGUCAAACCACCCUAUCAGCUCAAUUAUUUCUUGGACACCAGCGGUAAAGCUCCCUACUGUGAAGCCAAAUAAUUUCUCUAAUCCUCCGAUUGUUAUGUAGUUAUGAAUCCUCAUUAAAUUAUGAUUUAGAUUGCAUU